AUGGUGAGCAGUGAGGUGAUUCUCUCGGUGUACAUAAUAACCUUCGUGAUUGGCUUCCCAGCCAACCUCCUGGCUCUCUAUGCCUUCAGUGUCAAGAUCCAUGUCAAGGCAAAUCCAACAGACAUCCUGCUACUCAAUCUGACCGUCUCCGACCUGCUCUUCUUGAUCAUCCUUCCUCUCAAGAUGUACGAGGCGGAUUCAGACAUGAAUUGGAAUCUGCCCCAGUUCCUGUGCACCCUCACCGCCCUCACCUUCUUCUCCACCAUCUACACCAGCUCCUUAUUGCUGAUGGCUGUCAGUCUGGUUCGCUACAUUGCUCUCGCCUUCCCUAUCGCCUAUCAUCUGCUGCACAAACCUGUGUAUGCAGUAGUGAUGAGUGCAGUCAUUUGGCUGAUCUCCUUUGCACAUUGCAGUAUCACUAUCAUCACCCAGUACCACCCAUCCCUAGCCAGCGAAACCCCUGAUGACCAGGCCUAUGCUUGCUAUGAAAACUUUACGGAGAAGCAGCUGGAUGUCGUCCUCCCGAUACGUUUGGAGGCUUUCUUUGUUCUCUGCCUUGUACCUCUUGUAAUUUGUGUUUACUGCUAUGUGCAAUGCAUCUUGAUCCUGUACAGCCGCCCCAGGAUAUCCCGCAUGCAGAAGCAGAAAGCCAUCGGUAUGGCCUUGGGAACUCUGGCCGUGUUCCUCAUUUGCGUGCUACCAUACAAUAUCUCUCAUGUAGUGAGUUUCAUUAGGGGUAAGAGCCCAGAAUGGAGGUACUACGUUUUGCUGCUUAGCACCUUCAACACCUGCAUUGAUCCCAUCAUAUUCUACUUUUCUUCCUCUAGCUUCCACUGCAACAGUAAAAAGUCAAUUUUCCGGAAACGUAAACUCACUGUUACAGAGUUACAAAAUCAGGUCACAAGCUCUAACACAGAGCUCAAAGACACUGUUCAGCUUUAA